GUGCGCGAGGAAAAAAGGAAAAAUCUCCUUUGCGGGAUCUGCGAGGAUGUGGGGGUAAACGAUUGCGGGGCGUCGGGGUUUCUGUGCAGAACAGAACGAGCGUGGGGUGGGGGGAACUCUCAGCCAUUGGCCCCUACCGCCUCGGGGGAAUCCCAGCAGCGAAGGAAUUAAGAGCAGCAAAGGAUCUGAGAUGGAGAUUCCGCUUGUAGCGCUGGUUUUGAUGUCUCUUUGGCUCAUAGGGCAUAAAACAGAAGGAAGUCUUGACAAUCAGAGAGGAAAAAACAAUUCAAAAGAGGAGACCCUGAACACGAGUAAAAUAUUAACAACUGAAGAUUCUCUUUCACCUGAAGUUUUAGUGAAAGAGCAAACUGCAAAAAAGAAGGACAAAGGUCAUAGUUUUUAUCAGAGAAGCCUCAAAAUACUGAAACAUUCGAAAAGCAAAAAAGAUAAGGAAAAAGCCCACAAUCUCCUUGCCAAGGCAGCAGAACUGGGGAGUCAGAAAGAUAUGGAGAAGCUGGCAGCUGAUAUGCUGUUUGGAAAUAAUGGUCCUCAAAAUAUAGAAGCAGCUGUAUCCUUGUAUGAGAUUUUAGCUGAACAAGGGUCUAGUAAAGGCAAGACUGCAUUAGGAUUCUUGUCUUCAUAUGGCAUAGGCGUUGAAUAUAAUCAAGCAAAGGCACUGAUAUACUACACAUUUGCAAGUAUUGAAGGGAAUCUUAUAUCCAAGAUGAUCUUGGGUUAUCGUUACUGGCGAGGAAUUAAUGUUCCAAGGAAUUGUGAAGCAGCACUUAUUAAUUACAGGAACGUUGCAACUUUUAUUGCUAAAAAACUAGAAGAAAAUGAAGAAAUGCCAGUAGAAAAAGUGAGCCUGAUGGAAAGACCAGAAAAUCUAAGUUUUCAUGCAGAUUUUUUGGAUUGGGAUGUACACCAGUACUAUAGGUAUUUGGCUGAAAGAGGAGACACACAGAUACAGGUGUACCUUGGACAGCUGCAUCUUGCAGGAAGAAAAGGACUAGAAAAAGAUCAUAUUAAAGCCUUCUACUAUUUCCUAAAGGCAGCAAAUGCAGGGAAUGCGAAUGGUAUGGCAUUCCUGGGAAAGAUGUAUUUAGGAGGAAAUUCUGCAGUGACUCAGAGUAAUGUUACUGCCUUCAUAUAUUUCAAAAUGGCAGCAGAAAAGGGCAAUGCUUUUGGACUGUGGGGUCUGGGUCUUCUUUAUCUUAGUGGUAGAGGCGUCUCAUUGAAUUACACGGAAGCUUUUAAAUACUUUCAAAAAGCAGCUGAGAAAGGCUUUGCCGAUGCUCAAUUUCAUUUAGGAGUCAUGUAUCAUUCUGGCUCAGGAGUAAAGAGAAAUUAUAAACUUGCGUUCCGAUAUUUUUACUUGGCAUCUCAAAAUGGACAACCCUUUGCUGUUUAUUAUUUGGCUCAAAUGUAUGCCACGGGAACUGGAGUGUUACGAUCAUGCCAAAAUGCGGUUGAACUUUACAGAACUGUAUGUGAGCUUGGAAGGUGGUCAGAAAAAUUCCUGACAGCAUACUUCGCUUUCCAGGCUGGUAAUAUUGAUUCAUCUCUUGUCCAAUAUGCAUUUCUAGCUGAAAUGGGCUAUGAAAUAGCUCAGACCAAUUCAGCUUACAUUAUGGAAUCCGAAGAGGUUAAAAUUUUUCAUAAAGAUCAGAUAUAUCCACUGGCUUUUCUUUUAUGGACACGGGCUGCAACUCAAGGCAAUGCAUUUGCCAGAAUUAAACUUGGAGAUUACCACUACUAUGGUGUUGGAACCAGGAGGGAUUACAUCGCAGCAGUAGUUCAUUACAACCUUGCUGCUAAUCAACAAAGUGCUCAAGCCAUGUUCAAUCUGGCAUAUAUGUAUGAACAUGGUUUAGGCAUUCCUAAGGAUAUACAUUUAGCUAGAAGAUGGUAUCAUCUUGCAGCAGAAGCAAGCCCGGAUGCUUUUAUACCAGUGUUCCUAGCAUGUAUAAAACUAGAAGUUAUGCAUCUGUUAAACGAUCUGCAGCUUCUUAAUGCCUGAGAUUAUGGAGUUAUGGACAGAAAAAGAGGUCUGGAAUAAAAGAAGAAAAGCGUUGAAGAGGAAGAAAGAGGGCGGGGAUAUAAAGCUCUUCUGGGAUUCCAAACAAGGGAGCAAAAUUGCUAAAAAGGACACAAGAGUAGUCAGAGGCCCCUGCUAAUUGAGCAAAUACCCCUGCUAAUUGAGCAAAGAGACACCUUCUAAAGUGGUGGUUCUCUAAGAUUUAGCCAGGGGAGAGCAACUGGCCCUACUCAGCCACAGCACAGCAUCCCUCCCGUGGCUGUUGCUGGUGUCUGCCUUAUGGUUUCUUUGUUUUUAGAUUGUGAGCCCUUUAGGGAAAGGGAGCCAUCUUAUUUAUGUAUUUUUUCUUUUUCUAUGUAAACUGCUUUGAGAAUUUUGAAGAGCAGUAUAUAAAUAUCAGUAGAAGUAGUAAUAGUAGAAGAAAAAGAAAGAGCAACACAGAAUAGUAUGUAUGAGGGUUCUCCUCAUACACACCAUGGUAAAGAGAU